CAAGCUGCGUCAUAUCAGACCCGUAUUAGACGGCCGAUCAAUCAAUGAAUCCAACAGACAGGACGGGGAAACUCCAGGUUCUUUAUCACUUCACCCUUCUUUUGUUCCUAUCGUGAGUCCAUCGACGAUAUGUAAUGCUCAAUAUCUAUCAUGUCCAAACGAUUGUCCCUGAAGGUCGAGCUCCAGCUUGGCCGCCGUUUCUGGCAUCAGCCUCCUCCUGCAUCCAGGAGAGGCUUCUGCAACUCUCCCCGUUGUCUUUCACAAAAGCAAGAUUCCGAGGGGAAGCAAUCCUUCCGUGCUAGGUUAGGGACUGCCCUACGCAAUACGAAAAUCGAAUGGAAACCCAUCCCCAUUGCGCUGGGGAUUGCCUUCCUCGGCGGAGUGCAGUUCUACCAUGUGCAAAGACGAGAGCGAGAACGAGUGAAGGAACUCCAGGAGGAGCUAGAAGAUCAAGAGAUGGAUGGCCUUGGUCGGCCAAGGGACCGGAGACGUAUAAGACCAAGUGAACCUUGGCAAGUUCAAGUAAUGACCACGCUACCUCUAAAAGCAUUUUCUCGAUUAUGGGGAUGGUUUAAUUCCUUAGAUAUACCUUACUAUCUGCGAGUCCCCGGUUUCAAACUUUACUCCUACCUGUUCAACGUCAAACUCGAUGAAGUGGCCGAACCCGAUCUCCAUACAUAUCCCAACCUUGCCGCCUUCUUCUAUCGCGAACUUAAACAGGGGGCUCGACCAUCGGAUCCCGAUCCAAACGCUAUACUUUCUCCCGCGGACGGGAAAAUCGUCCAAUAUGGUUUGAUAGAGGGCGGUGAAGUCGAGCAGGUCAAAGGCGUCACCUACAGUUUGGAUGCGUUGCUGGGGACUAAGACUCCCAGCACAUCGGGUACCACGACACCACAACCAUCGCGAUCGGAUAGCCUGGGUUCACGGACGAACGAUGGACAGACGGAGGAAGACAACGUUCGAGCCGAUGAAGAAUUUGCCCAGGUCAACGGUAUACAUUACACUCUGAAAGACGUGCUUUCAGGAUCGGCCAAUAAGGACAAGAAGCUGGACGUGGAGACUCCUGAUCAGUCCACGACUCCUGUCGCUUCUUCCGAAGCAGAGGUUCGAGCCGAUCUCGCUCUUGCGGAGGCCUCGACCUCCUGGUGGGCCCCGACGACGGAGAAGACCGCCACGGCGCUCCACUACUGCGUGAUAUAUCUUGCGCCGGGAGACUAUCACCGUUUUCAUUCACCGGUUGCUUGGGUUGUGGAAAGGAGACGUCAUUUUGCAGGAGAGCUCUUCAGCGUUCAUCCCUAUCUCGUGAAGACGCUACCGGGCCUGUUCACUCUCAACGAGCGAGUGGUUCUCUUAGGCAGAUGGCGAUGGGGCUUCUUUUCCUACACGCCGGUUGGAGCGACAAAUGUGGGGUCAAUCAAAAUCAACUUCGAUAAAGAGCUACGGACCAACUCGCUCAUCACCGACACUGCAGCAGAUGCCGCAGCAGAGGAGUCGUGGCAGCGUGGUGAACAGUUCUCGGGAUUUGUUGAAGCAACAUACGAGGGUGCGAGCAAGGUUCUCGGAGGUCAUGCUUUGAAGCGAGGAGAAGAGAUGGGCGGAUUCCAGCUUGGAAGUACAAUCGUCAUGGUAUUCGAGGCACCCAAAGGAGCCCGGCCGAGCUUUGACGAAGGAUAUAAAGGAGGCGAACGGAAAGGAGGAUAUAAAUGGAGUAUAGAGAAAGGCCAGACAGUGAAGGUUGGACAGGCUCUUGGUCAUGUAGUUGAAGAGUAAAGUGAGAACAUCGAAGUCUCCCAUAUCAUCAAAUCUCAGGUCAUGUGACUUCGCGUCGUGUUCCA